ACAAACAUGGUCAAGGAAACAGGCUUUUAUGACACAUUAGGUGUUAAACCAAAUGCAACCCCUGAUGAACUGAAAAAGGCGUAUCGAAAGCUCGCCCUGAAAUAUCACCCCGACAAAAAUCCUACGGAGGGAGAGAAGUUCAAGCAGAUCUCACAGGCAUAUGAGGUCCUGUCCGAUGCCAAGAAAAGAGAACUGUACGACAGAGGAGGUGAAAAGGCUAUAAAGGAGGGAGGAACGGGAGGCGGUGGUGGUGGCGGUUUUGCAUCACCCAUGGAUAUCUUUGAUCUGUUUUUCGGUGGAGGUAGUCGGAUGCACAGAGAGCGAAAAGGGAAGAAUAUUGUUCAUCAGAUUACAGUGACAUUGGAGGAUCUUUAUAAUGGAGCAACAAGAAAACUCGCCGUACAGAAGAACUGUAUUUGUGAAAGAUGUGAAGGUCGCGGUAGCCGUAAAGGAGCGGCACAGACCUGCAUGUCGUGCCAUGGCACGGGGAUGCAGGUGCGCAUGCACCAGCUGCUACCUGGAAUGGUCCAGCAGGUGUCCACUGUGUGCCACAGCUGCCACGGACAGGGACAGAGAGUCAACCAGAAGGAUCGCUGCAAAGCCUGUGGAGGCAGGAAGAUUCUGCGGCAGAAGAAGGUUCUGGAGGUCCACAUAGACAAAGGAAUGAAAGAUGGCCAGAAGAUAGUUUUCCAUGGGGAAGGAGACCAGGAGCCAGGGCUGGAACCCGGUGACAUCAUCAUUGUCUUAGACCAGCGAGAACAUACACUCUUCACAAGGAGAGGAGAGGAUCUGCUCAUGUCCAUGGAGUUACAGCUAGUGGAGGCUCUGUGUGGUUUCAAGAGGCCCGUUCAGACGCUGGACAGCAGAACCCUGCUCAUCACCUCACAUCCAGGGGAACUUAUCAAACCCGGAGACACCAAAUGUGUCCUGAAUGAAGGGAUGCCCAUGUACCGCAGACCUUUUGAGAAGGGACGUCUCAUCAUUCACUUUUCGGUGGUGUUCCCACCAGCCAAUUUCCUCCCAAAAAAUCGUCUGAAGGAGCUCGAGCGCUACCUCCCAGCAAAGGCGGACGCCGAGCAGCCGGACAGUAUGGAUGAGGACCUCUACAUAUACGCUGACCUGGAGGACUGUGAUUUAGAGAGCAGGAGACGACACCGGCAUCGGCACUACUACAUGGAUGAAGACGACUACGCCAGCACCGGUGGAGUUCAGUGCCAGACAUCUUAA